AUCUUGUAAGUACUCGCACAAUAUCACCAAUGCUGAGAACAAAAAAGUUCUGAAGACUCAUGAGUUGUCUGGCCUCGAUGAGAAGGAGCUGAGAGUCCUGCUUCUCCAAAAUGACCCUUUCCUGCUCCCUGAUGUCUGCCAGUUUUACAACAGAAAGAAUGGUAUCUGCAACCAGCAAAACAACUGCAACAAGCUUCAUAUUUGUCGACACUUUCUCCAAGGGGAAUGUAGAUUUUUACCGUGCAAUAGAUCACAUAACCUCUUGGAUACCCAUGCAUUGAGAGUGUUGGAAACUGGAGGCAUUGAUGCAAACAUAGCUUCAAACAUCCAGGCUAUAUCUGAUCACCAGCAUGUGGAAUUCAACAAGGAACUGAAGAAGGGAAAAAUACACGACUACAAACCAAGAGAAAAUUUAUUGAAAAAUCCGGCAGUUAUAAGGAGUAAAGAACCAAAGAUACCUUUGCAAACAGUGGGCUCCACUCUGCAUGUGCCACUUCCAGAAGGUAAAUAUCUAGAUAAGUACCAACUACUUUCAUGUGGAAUCAGCUUUGCUAUUUCCCCUCUUACAACAUGUCUCAGUAGCAGUGUACCUGGUCAGAGCCAACACCAGUUGCCAAGAGGAGCUGGAGGUAAAGGCAAAGAUAAAAAAGACGAUUCCUCUGCUAAAGCUUCAAAGAACAACCAAGAAGAUAAAUGUGAUGACAUAUGCGUGUUCUACGUCUGGAAGUACUGCAAACAUAAAGAUAAAUGCAGAUUUGUUCAUUACCACUUGCCAUAUCGAUGGCAGGUAUAUAAUGGGAUCACCUGGAAUGACCUUUCCAUGAUGGAGGAAAUUGAAAAGGCCUAUUGUGACCCAAAAAACAGCAGAAUAGCAGAUAAGAACAUUGAUUUCCAGACAAUGACCUGCUGUUCUUCUUCACUUCGCCGCCUCUCUACACCAUCAUCAGUCACAAAACCCACAUUUGCAUUGACUACACAGUGGAUUUGGUAUUGGAAGAAUGACCAAGGCCAGUGGGUUGAAUAUGGAGAACAGGUGAGUCCACAUCCUGUGAACUCGCCAUCUUCUGCUACUCUUGAACAGUCGUAUCUAGCAGAUCCAGAUGCCACCAUACUUUUCCAGGCUGGCUUGCAUCAUUACCAGCUCAAUUUUAAAGAAAUGACCCAGACAAACAUCUCUUUUAAAACUCGAAGACGGGUCUGCAGGCGACCAAAGUUCGUGUCUUCUGAAGAUGUGCAGAAGAUAAAGAAAGGCCAGAGGGAUUCUUCUAUUCCAAAUCAAGCCUGUCCUAGCCACUGGGAUCAAUCUGCACUUCCUGACUUGGGAUACAAGGCAGUGGAGAUCAGUAAUACGACUGCUGAAUACAACAAAAUAAAGCAGCUGUUUCAUCAGACUAUGAAAAACUACACUGUUCUUAAAAUACGGAGGAUUCAGAAUCCAUCCCUCUGGAAAGUGUUUCAGUGGCAAAAAGAGCAAAUGAAAAGGGAAAACGGAGGGAAGGAAGUAAAUGAAAAGCUCCUGUUUCACGGAACCAAGAUCAACUUCGUGGAAGCCAUCUGUGUUCACAACUUCGACUGGAGAAUUUGUGGAAGCAAUGGAACUAACUAUGGAAAGGGAUCUUACUUCGCUAGAGAUGCUUCCUAUUCCCAUGCGUACUGUCAGCCGGCGGUGAGGACAAACAUCAUGUUCGUGGCCCGUGUGCUGGUUGGGGAGUAUGUUAAAGGCAACGCAGCCUAUGUUCGCCCCCCGGCAAAGUCUGUUGACGGCCUUCGGUUUUAUGACAGCUGUGUGGACAAUGAGUUAAAUCCCUUAAUUUUUGUUGUCUUUGAAAAAUACCAGAUUUACCCAGAGUAUCUAAUAGAGUAUGCAGAGGAAGAAAAAAAAUGUAUUGUGUCUUAG